UCGAUCUAACUAGAGAUGAUUUGGAUUGAAAUCAUUUACAUUGCGGAAAUCAAUGCUUAUGAUAAUCAUCUUACCUUUGAUUUCAGUAUUAACAACACGCGGAAAUGAUGACAUUUACAAUUCAUAAAUCCAAUUGCUGCACUUUAAUUCCUUGGAUAUCCACGGCAGAAAAUUUUUACUAGUUCAAUAAACAAAGUAUGUGUGAUGGAAAAGGAGGCGUUACAAGGGAUGGAAUUACGUUUACGUGUUGUUACAACUAUUAUUACAACGGAUCAUCAUGUGUACGUUGUCUUGCUGGAUUUUAUGGAACUGAUUGUUUUAAAAAUUGUGACAACGGCUUUUAUGGUGAACGAUGCAGCUAUAAAUGCAAAUGCACUGCAGAGCAAUUUUGCCAUCAUAUAACUGGAUGCAUUUUUGGUAAUAGCGGAAGACCAGAGAUUCCCGUUAGAGGUUAUGAAAAUUCUAGCACCGAUCACAGUUCAGAGAUUUCCUACAGAGGUUAUGAAAAUUCAAGCACCGAUCAUGUUCCAGCUUCCUCCAACUCACCUGUACUUUCUUUGACCUCGACAUCACCUACAACAAAUAUUCAGUUUCCCUUGCAAACCACCAUUUUUAUUUUUGCAAUCGGCAGUGUAAUGGCGCUUUUCCUUUGUAUAAUUGUUGUACAGUUUUGUAUUAAGCUUCGAAUAAAACGAAAAAAGUAUACACAACAGAUGUCCGUCCAACAGAAACCAGUCAAAGAGGAAGACACUUAUAAUGAAAUUACUGAGUCUUUAAUGGGCAUAGAAGGAGACGAUAGCCGCAAUGAACAACGACAUGUUGGUAAAUAUGAUGAGUUACAAGCAACAAAUCAAGACACUGGCGUACCAUAUGAUAAGAUCAAGACCAAAGCACAUUAUCAAGACAUUAGUGAUUCUCUAAUAGACUCGUCUUGCAAUUCGGAUUCAAGCAACAGCAAUACAUCAUAUUUAAAGCCAAAGACUAACGAAAGUCAUAGUUACAUAGAUGUUAUGGAAUCCAGUACUACAAAAAGUGAAAUCACAAUUCAAAACAGUCCCGUCAACUCGACAAAUGAUAGCAGCAAAAUGUCAACUCAAUACCUAGAUCCAAUCUACAGUAUACAUAAUGAUGCAAUCGUAUUACAGAGCCAUGAAAUUGGUGACAACAAUGAUGCAUAUCUUGAUGUUACUCACGAUACAUUUCUUUAAUACAUUGAGUUUUGUAUUAUAUUACACAGGACAGUGUUUCUUAUAUAAAGAAUAACGAGAAUUUUGUUUUAAUCAAUUUUCUUAAAAUAGAUAAGUAUUUGUUACAAUGUAGAUUGCAUUUAUUUGUUAGCGUAAACUAACAGAUGUUUAAAUAUAAGCCAUCGGGUAAAACAUGUUUUACCUUACAAAAUAGGUAUAAACAUGCCAGUAUCAUUAUAGACAUGGUUUUCCGCAAAGAUGCUAUUUUUUUUUAAUUUAUUUAUCAGGACAAUUUU